CUCGCUGUCAGGUGCGGGUCAGACUGUCUCCAGUAUCAUAUUCGGCGACCACCCGUACACACACAAACGCCAAAGGAUUUUUACCACUCUGUCUUUAUGAAUUGCGACUGAUAAAUCCUCUAAGGUUGGUGUGGAGUUUUGUAACAAAAGAAUUCCUGUGUGCACUGGAAUAUAUUAGCCGAAAAUGAGGAUCUGUUGAGCAACGUACUGCGCGUGGAUGCCUUCGACCCUUGCUGGAUGAUUCCGUCUCUGUGAUGAAAGGCUUAUCCAGCAGCCGCAGCCACCACCACAUGGUGACCUGUGACCCCUCUUUAGACUCCAUGGGUCACCACUUGGACCACAAGCCCUACCUCAUCAACCAGAUCGACAGCCCCCAUCCGGUCGACCACUCUUACUACUCCCAGAGAAGCCCUUACCAGCCUGACUGCGUGGUGCCUUACGGGACCUUCCCCCGCCGACACUACAGCUCUCAGCAUGAGCUGAAGGACGAGACUGCUGUGGUUCCCUACACCGGGGGAGGGGUUCCAGCCAGCAAGAGCCAACAGCGUCUCCCCAUUGCUCUGUUGGAUCAGUUCGACCGACAACUCCCUGUACCUCGGGAUGGCUAUCACACAUUACAGUACAAGCGUGCCGCUGCAGCCUUGGAGCAACGGAGCGACAGCCCUGGCCGAAUCCGGCACCUGGUGCACUCUGUUCAGAAGUUAUUCACCAAGUCCCAUUCACUAGAGGGCCCACACCAUGGUCACGGCCAUGGCAAAGGCAGCAUCAAUGGAGGCAAGGCCAGCCCUGACGGAGAAACCCCUGAUAUUCGGUACCGCAAGCGCAGCAAGAGCCGGGAGCGCUGCAAAUCAGCUGAACCUAAGAACAGGACGCCACCUUCUGGCUACUGGAGCUCAGAUGAAUUGGAACGCGAGGCCUGCCUAUUUCAUCAUGGACCACCGGGCGUCAUGACCAUGGGCCGUCAUCCAGACAAGUCGCAGUCACAAUACUUCUUGGAAGCCUACAACACCAUCAAUGACCAGGCACUUAAAAACUCCCGCAGCAGCAAUGAUUUGGGCAAGUGCUCGACGUGCACAAGCAUCCCGCUGAGUAUGGAUGCUUCACAGAUCAUGAAGAAGAGCGCGUGGUCGUCCUCUCUCACGGUGAGCAGAGCACGUCAAGUCUACCAGAAGGCCUCGGUAAAUGUAGAUAAGGCUCUAAUGAAAGCAGAGGCUUGUCAGCAGGAGCGCUCAUGCCAAUUCUUGCAGGUCCCUCAAGACGAGUGGGGAGGCUUUCCACUGGGGAAAGAUGAGGAUAUCCCAUGUAGACGCAUGCGCAGCGGGAGUUACGUCAAAGCCAUGGCAGAGGAUGACAGCGGAGACUCGGAUGGCAGCCCUAAACCCUCACCCAAAAUGCAGGCGCGACGGGCCAGCUACCUCAAAGCCACCCAGCCAUCACUGACAGAGAUGACCACUCUAAAUAUCGCCACAGAACACUCUCCAAAGCUGCAGAUCCGGAGUCACAGUUACUUGCGGGCAGUGAGUGAAGUUUCCAUCAAUAGGAGCAUGGACACCCUGGACCCCAAAUCUCUGCUAGCCUCUCCACAAUACCGCUCACGCAACGAGAGCUACAUGAGGGCUAUGAGCACCAUCAGCCAGGUGAGUGAGGUUGAGGUUAACGGACAGAUCGAGGCAAUGUGUGAGAGUCUGUUCAGUGAAAUGGAGUCACAGGGAGUGGACGCCCUGGACCUUCCCAUGCCCGGGUGCUUCCGCAUGAGGAGUCACAGUUACGUGCGUGCCAUGGACCAGGGCUGCUCACAGGAUGACGACGACGGGCCUUUGCUCCCAGCUUCCCCCCCGAGAACCACCACUACUGUCAGAACCAUCCAGAGCAGCACAGUAUCAUCAUGUAUCACCACCUACAAGAAGACUCCUCCGCCGGUACCUCCUCGCACCUCCACCAAGCCAUUCAUCUCCAUCACGGCCCAGAGCAGCACUGAGUCUGCGCAGGACGCUUACAUGGACGGUCCCGGGACGAGGUGUGAGCCCGUCCUCCACUCUGGCCUUAGCAAUUCCACUGAGAGCAUUGACAGCAUGAAAGCGCUGAUGGCAGCCAUCGAGGCAGCCAAUGCUCAGAUCCACGGCCCUGUCAGUCAGCACGUCAGCAACAGCACCAUCACCAUCAGCACUACACCCCCCUCUCCGCUGCCCAUGCCUGUGCCCGUCCCCAUACCCAUACCAGCCCUGGAAGACGUCCGCAGGGAUAUGCUCAGGAAGAGCAGGUGCCUUUCCAUUGGCAUCCAGGUAGAUGGGCCUGAGGACCAGGAACUGGAGGACCAGUCCAAGUUUCAGUCAGUGGGGAUUCAGGUUGAGGAAGAGCAUGGUCACCGGCGGUUCAAGCGCUCUAACAGCGUGACGACAGCGGUACAGGCUGAUCUGGACACUCCUGACUACACACCAGCUGACUCUUCUGUCACAGAUUUCCCCUCCUCGGGCUGCUUGUCGCGGCAGUACUCGCGUGAUGCCGCCACCUCCACCGUCAGCAUCCAGGGCUCAGGGAAUCACUACCAUGCCUGCAACUCAGAUGAGUAUGAGGAUGUUGGCUUUGAUCCCUCCAUCCUGCCUCCACCUGACCCAUGGAUUGAUAGCGUGACAGAAGAUCCACUGGAAGUCGUAGGCCGCUCUGUGUGUCAGCGUGAUGGCCACUGGUUCCUAAAGCUGCUGCAGGCAGAGACUGAACGUAUGGAGGGCUGGUGCAGGCAGAUGGAGCACGACGAGAAGGAGAACAAGCUACCUGAUGAAAUCCUGGGGAAGAUCCGCAGUGCAGUGGGAAGUGCACAGCUGCUUAUGUCCCAGAAGUUUCAGCAGUUCAGGGAACUGUGUGAGGAAAAUCUGCAGAACCCAAAUGCUCACCCCCGGCCAGUGGCUCAAGAUCUCGCAGGAUUCUGGGACAUGCUUCAACUUUCCAUUGAGAAUAUCAGCUUAAAGUUUGAUGAGCUUCACCAACUCAAAGCCAACAACUGGAGACCCCUCGACCCCCCCGAAAGAAAGGAGAGAAGGCUGCCUCCCCCAGUGCCAAAGAAACCCCCGAAAGGCCACCCUCCUCUGGCCAGAGAUCGCUCGCUGGAAAGCACCGAGAAGCAGCGUCAAGAGGCGCGCAAACGUUUAAUGGCGGCCAAACGAGCUGCUUCAGUACGGCAGAACUCGGCCACAGAGAGCGCAGACAGCAUCGAGAUCUAUAUACCUGAGGCCCAGACCAGACUAUGAAACUGCCAAACAUGAAAACGCACUCACACACACGAAUGCCCAGGUGCAGAAUUCCACCGUGAGCACAACACGUCACACAGAUCUAUAUCUGCCUAAUGCUAAGAUCACUGUAAAUUAGGAGCGCAAUACACCAGCACCAUGAUAGCACAGAAGUAGUAAUUUGACCUUCCAUUAUUUAAUAAAUGACAACCAACAUAGAUGUACAUCAUAUUUCUAUGACCCCCAAGAUGUUAGGGAAAAAUGACUUGUUUAAUUUUACACAAAUGAAAACGAGGCUGUAGUUUGUACUGUCUUAUGGUCAAUCUAAUUUUCACAGCACGUUUUUUUUUUUUUUUUUUUUUUUUUUUGUCUCAUGAAGCUUUUUGGAGAGACUUCAAAAAAUAAAUGCCAUUAAAUGUCCUGAACUUCCAGCAGUGGAAAUGGUCAAGAGACUUUAGUUUUGUUCUCUUUUUUUUCCUUUUUUUUUAUUAAUGCUCUUAAAAACAAUAAAAUUCUUAAAACAAUAAACAAUAAAACAAAAAAAUAUAUUUUAGAAGCAGCACUGCAUAAAAUGUUAAGACUUGUUUUCUUAGAUUAUAUCUUGAAUAAACACUACUGCUCAAAGGUUUGUGGAUGUUAAGAAUUUUAUUUGAUGUAAAAAAACAGUAAAAACAGUAACAAAUAUUGUGAUAAAUGAUUACAAUAAAAAAUAACUAUUUGCUAUUUUUAUUUAUUUUAAAAGUUAUUCCUGUAAUGGCAAAGCAGCCGUUAAUCCAGUCUUCAGUGAUUCUUCAGAAAUCAUUCUAAUAUGCUGAUUUGGUGCUCAAUAAAUACUUUGAUCAUAUAAUGAUCAAUGUUGAAAACACUUGCUGAUUAAUAUUUUUGUGGAAACUGAUACUUUUUUUUUUUUACUUUGACGAAUAAAGUUAAAAAAAAAACAUAUGAUCUUUUGUAACAAUAUAGAUGACUUUACUCUCACUUUUGAUCAAUUUAAUGCAUCUUUGUGGAAUAAAAGUAAAAUUUAUUAAAAAAA